CUGGGUAGUCUGAGGAGGAGAGUAUGAAGCGAGCUCCAGCCCGGGUACGGCCGGACUUCGCAGGCGAAGGCGCCGCCGCCGCCAUCUGACUCGCUGCGCUUGGGAGAGCCGGCGCGUGGAUGGUCCCGGUGCGGCUCGGGUGUUGAUCCGCGUGUCUCUUCCCCCUCCUCCCCUCCCCCACGCGGUGGUCUCCCCUCCUCCCCCAGCCUGGCAGAGCCAUGUCUCGGGGUGGCUCCUGCCCACACCUGUUGUGGGACGUGAGGAGAAGGUCCCUCGGGCUGGAGGACCCGUCCCGGCUGCGGAGCCGCUACCUCGGAAGAAGAGAAUUUAUCCAAAGAUUAAAACUUGAAGCAACCUUGAAUGUGCAUGAUGGCUGUGUUAAUACAAUCUGUUGGAAUGAGACUGGAGAAUAUAUUUUAUCUGGCUCAGAUGACACCAAGCUAGUAAUUAGUAAUCCUUACAGCAGAAAGGUUUUGACAACAAUUCGUUCAGGGCAUCGAGCAAAUAUAUUUAGUGCAAAGUUCUUACCAUGCACAAAUGAUAAGCAGAUUGUAUCCUGCUCUGGAGAUGGAGUAAUAUUUUAUACCAAUGUUGAGCAAGAUGCAGAAACUAACAGACAGUGCCAAUUUACAUGCCAUUAUGGAACUACCUAUGAGAUUAUGACUGUACCUAAUGACCCGUAUACCUUUCUGUCUUGUGGUGAAGAUGGAACUGUUAGGUGGUUUGAUACACGCAUCAAAACUAGCUGUACAAAAGAAGAUUGCAAAGAUGAUAUUUUAAUUAAUUGCCGACGUGCUGCCACAUCUGUAGCUAUUUGUCCACCAAUACCAUAUUAUCUUGCUGUUGGUUGUUCUGAUAGCUCAGUACGUAUAUAUGAUCGGCGAAUGCUGGGCACAAGAGCUACAGGGAAUUAUGCAGGCCGAGGAACUACUGGAAUGGUUGCUCGUUUUAUCCCUUCCCAUCUUAAUAAUAAGUCAUGCAGGGUGACAUCUCUGUGUUACAGUGAAGAUGGUCAAGAGAUUCUUGUUAGUUACUCUUCAGACUAUAUAUAUCUUUUUGACCCGAAAGAUGAUACAGCACGAGAACUUAAAACUCCUUCUGCAGAAGAGAGAAGAGAAGAGUUACGACAGCCUCCAGUUAAACGUUUGAGACUUCGUGGUGAUUGGUCAGAUACUGGACCCCGAGCAAGGCCUGAGAGUGAACGAGAAAGAGAUGGAGAGCAAAGUCCCAAUGUGUCAUUGAUGCAGAGAAUGUCUGACAUGUUAUCAAGGUGGUUUGAAGAAGCAAGUGAAGUUGCACAAAGCAACAGAGGACGAGGAAGAUCUCGAUCGAGAGGUGGGACGAAUCAGUCAGAUGUUUCAACUCUUCCUACGGUCCCAUCAAGUACUGAUUUGGAAGUGGGUGAAACUGCAAUGGAAGUAGAUACUCCAGAUGAACAGUUUCUUCAGCCUUCUACAUCCUCUAAUGUGUCAACUCAGGGUCAUUUGGCAUCAUCUUCUACAGAAAGCCCUCAUUCUACUUCUUUGCUGUCUUCUCCAGACAGCGAACAAAGGCAGUCUGUUGAGGCGUCUGGACACCAUACACGUCAUCAGUCUGAAUUUCUAAGGGGGCCUGAGAUAGCUUUGCUCCGUAAGCGCCUGCAACAACUGAGGCUUAAGAGGGCUGAGCAGCAGAGGCAGCAGGAGCUAGCUGCGCGUGCCCAGCAACAGCCUUCCACCUCUGAUCAGUCUUCUCAUGAGGGCUCUUCACAGGACCCUCAGACUUCAGAUUCUCCUUCUUCUGUGGUUAACAAACAGCUUGGAUCCAUGUCACUUGACGAGCAACAGGAUAACAAUAAUGAAAAGCUGAGCCCCAAACCAGGGACAGGUGAACCAGUUUUAAGUUUGCACUACAGCACAGAAGGAACAACUACAAGCACAAUAAAACUGAACUUUACAGAUGAAUGGAGCAGUACUGCCUCAAGUUCCAGAGGAAAUGGGAGCCACUGCAAAUCUGAGGAUCAGGAGGAAUCCUUGGCCCCACAGAGCCCAGUGCAACCAUCAGAAGGAGAGAAUGAAGCAAAAGCUCCUGAAGAAUCAUCAGAGGAUGUGACACUUCAGGAAGGUACCUCUCCAGAAAGCACAGUUCAAAACUCUAUAGAUACAGCACAAUCAGAUAAGUUUACUUCUGAGUCAUUGGAUUCUGGCUCAGGAGAAAGAAAUGACUUCAAUCUUGAUAGCCCUUGUGGGGUUGCAGAAGAAUCCACUUUGUCUGAAAAAGGCAAAGAACCAGGAACUUCAGAUCAAACUAGCACUACAAGUGCUUCCAGACAUAGUACCAGCAACCCUGAGCCUCAGUCACAAACAGAAGCCACUGGGCCUCCGGCCCAUGAGGAAACGUUGACCAGGGACUCUGCUCUCCAGGACACAGAUGAUAGUGACGACGACCCAGUCCUGAUCCCAGGUGCAAGGUAUCGAGCAGGACCUGGUGACAGACGCUCUGCUGUUGCCCGCAUUCAGGAGUUCUUCAGGCGGAGAAAAGAAAGGAAAGAAAUGGAGGAGUUGGAUACUUUGAACAUUAGAAGGCCACUAGUAAAGAUGGUUUAUAAGGGCCAUCGCAACUCCAGGACAAUGAUAAAAGAAGCCAAUUUCUGGGGUGCGAACUUUGUAAUGAGUGGUUCUGACUGUGGCCACAUCUUCAUCUGGGAUCGUCACACCGCUGAGCAUUUAAUGCUCCUGGAGGCUGAUAACCAUGUGGUAAACUGCCUGCAGCCACACCCGUUUGACCCAAUUCUCGCCUCAUCUGGCAUAGAUUAUGACAUAAAAAUCUGGUCACCACUAGAAGAAUCAAGGAUUUUUAACCGAAAACUUGCUGAUGAAGUUAUAACUCGGAAUGAACUCAUGCUGGAAGAGACUAGAAACACCAUUACAGUUCCAGCCUCUUUCAUGUUGAGGAUGUUGGCUUCACUGAACCAUAUUCGAGCUGACCGGUUGGAGAGUGACAGAUCAGAAGGCUCUGGUCAGGAGAAUGAAAAUGAAGAUGAAGAAUAAUCAAUUCUUACUGGCAAGCACUUAGAUGUUCUGAAAUUUGUAUAAGACAUUUAUUAUAUAUUUUUUUUCUUUACAGAGCUUUAGUGCAAUUUUAAGGUUGUGGUUUUUUUGAGUUUUUUCCCUUUGGGGGGGAUAACCUAACAUUGGUUUGGAAUGAUUGCGUGCAUGAAUUUGGGAGUGUGUGUAAAACAAAACUAGCAAAAUGUUUUUAAAACUUUUUGCCAUGUGUGAGGAGUGCUAGAAAAUGCAAAGUGCAAUAUUUUCCCUAACCUUCAGAUGUGGGAGCUUGGAUCAAUGUUGAAGAGGAAUUUUCAUUAUAGUGAAAAUAUUGGUUCAAAGAAAUGUCUAUACUUGCCAUCUGCAUGUUUAUUGCUUUCUAAUUAAAGAAGUUGGUUGUUUUAUGA